AUGCAGAAUAACCUCCUGAAGGAGUACUUCGACGAGAGUGAACUCAAAUUCCGGCAUGUCUCGGCCGAACAGUUUGCCGACGUUUGGAUGCGCUACGAUAGAGACGGAAACGGGUACAUCGAGGGUGAGGAAAUGCACCUCUUCUUCUCCGAGGUCUUGGACGCUAUUCUUCCAGACGAUCUAAAGAAGCACAUGCUCGACGAAGAAAUCGACGACCUCAUUCAGGAGCUGCGAUCGAGUCUGGAUAAGAACGAGGAUGAUCGAAUCGAAAUUGCCGAAUUGGCUCAACUUCUGCCUACAGAGGAAGAAUUUAUCUUCCUUUUCUACCGUGAAAAGUACGUUGAAUCCAGUGUGGAUUUCAUGCGAGUGUGGAAGAUGUUCGACAAGGACAAGAGCGGAUUUAUUGAGGCUGAUGAAUUGAAGGACUUUUUAAAAGAACUGUUCAAACACUCGCAGACGGGCAACGCCAUCUCCGAGGACAAAUUAAUUGAAUACACGGAUAACAUGCUGCGAAUAUUCGACAAAAACAAUGACAAGAAACUGCAGCUCAGUGAAAUGGCAAGAUUGGUACCUGUAAAGGAGAAUUUUCUGCGAAAACCCUUUUUCCGGAGUCCCGAGAAAAUCACUGACGACGACAUCGACCGAAUAUUUAGCUAUUACGAUGAGGACUACGACGCCGAAGACCUGAAGUGCAUUAAAGAGGCCAUUCUGAAAAGCUGGGAUGCGAACAGAGACGGCAAGAUCUGCCUCGACGAAUUGAAAAUGCUGCUGCGCGUCCAACGCCAAAUGGCUGACAAGUAA